AUGUAUCGAGUGCUUAGGAUCCGACUCACCCAGUCUCCGCUUCAAUCAUCCACGCUCUCGAUCGGUCGAUGGAACCCGAGAAUCUCAACCACCCAUAACUCCUACUCAACUAGAUCUAGCUCCCCUCCCGCUUUCUGUUUUGACAUCGAUGGCGUACUCAAGCAGGGCACCCACGUCCUUCCACAAGCUAAGAAAGCCUUAGCUAUCUUGAAUGGUCAUAAUCCUUCCCAAAAAAGCUUCCCUUUCAUCCUAUGUACUAACGGUGGCGGAAUUCCUGAACUCGAAAGAAGUAAAAAAUUGUCUCAAGAACUCGGAGUUCCUAUUACUCCCAGCCAAUUGGUUCAAUCGCACACCAUAUUCAACCAAUUCUUAAACUCGUAUUCCGACAAACCAAUCUUGGUCAUCGGUGGUCGUAGUGAAAAGUGCCGAUUGGUAGCUGAAGGUUAUGGUUUUCGACAGGUUUACAUCCCGCAAGAUAUCUUGAAGUGGAACCCAUCCAUUUGGCCAUUCUACAAACUCUCCGACGAAGACACGCGAAUCGCUAAAACAGUCGACUUUUCCAAGAUUUCGUUCAGCGCGAUCUUUGUCAUGCACGACAGUUUUGAUUGGGGGUUUGACAUCCAAAUGGCGAUCGAUGUUUUAACUUCAAAAGAUGGGAUCAUCACCGACCCAAUCGACUCCACUACCAACAGACAGACCAAUCACAUUCCGAUUUAUUUCUCAAACCCAGAUUUCUUAUGGGGAAAUGAAUUCUCGAGGCCUCGAUUUGGGCAAGGAGCAUUUCAGACCGCCCUGGGUGCUAACUAUCAACGAUUAUCAGGUCACCCAUUGGAAGCCUGGACAGGUGGCAAACCGACCCGCGUGACCUACGAUUUCGCAAACCAACUACUGAAAAAGAUUUUACAUGAUAAAUUUAAUGGCCAAAGUUUGGGGCCAGUCUACAUGAUCGGUGACAACCCUGCUUCUGAUAUCCAAGGUGCCAAUAAUUACGGUUGGUCUUCGAUCUUGGUAAAAACAGGGGUCUUUAAAGGAGACAAACCAGAAGAUGCUGCGCAUGUACCCACAUCCGUCCAGAGUGAUGUUUUGGAAGCUGUACAAUGGGCCUUAAGACAAGAGGGACACGGAAAUGUGUUGUAA